CUUUGGGAUUUCUUUCAGCAGUUGGUGUCUCCAUCGUUCUCCUCCUCUUACUUUUUUUCUACAUCAAUAAGAAGAUGUGUGUUGGCAAAACUGGAGGGUUCCACCACGGAGGCUCAGAGUUUGGUGGUAAGAAUCAAGAUACCAUUAUUUACCCUCUUCACCACCAUAUGAAUGAUCAAUAGACAACUGGCUUACAGCAAAACACUGGGAAGGAUAAUUUUUGUUGCUAAAUUGGAAGGACUUUUUUUCAUACAUUUCUGGACACAAUAUAUAAAUAUUAGCCACUGGUCAUGGCAUUCUUCAGGAGCUUCCAGCAUAACAUUAGUCUUCCAUCCAUGUCUUCUAUUGUGGACACAUUGAGUAGUGCCGUGGAUGGUAUUGCCAGUGCUGUCGAAGAGGUGAGUUAUACCGUGGCAGACUCUGUUACAGAGCAGGUUACUAGUAUGAUCCAUGUACUUCGUACAGACGAGGAGGAAAAUCAAAUGAAGGGAGCAAAUAAUAAAGAAGAGAGUCAAAUACCUCAAGAUAACCCAAAUUAUUGCUAUGAAAGUAAUACAGAUGUUGUACCUGAUGAUACAAAUGGACAUGGAUCAAAUCAGAAUACAGUUACAACUCAACAUAGAUCAUCAGAAAGACUUAAGAGGGAAAAGAAUCGAAAAGGCGACAAUGUUCAUGGUAGUAGUUACAGUAGACAUCAUGGAGAGGCUGAAUUUUUGCCUGCCAAUAAUGACUUCUCAACCUCCAAGAGAGGAGAAUAUCAACAUCGUUCAAAGGAGAUGGCAGAAGAUGGAUCUCAUAGAAAAGGGAAUGAAAAUGGGGAUUACAGUGAUGGACAUGGACAUGGUCAAACCAAUGAAGGAGCAGAAAGAAGGACAAAAUCCAAAAAGACAGCUCAUAAAUCCAGUGAUCAUAGGGAAAGUGACCAUGAUCUCAGAGAACAUACAAAGAGAAAUGAUGUGACAGUUCAGGGUUCAAAAACAUUGAGGUCGCGAUCACCUAGAAAUAAUCACGUAUCAUCUCCUCGGGGGAAGAGAGACAAGUCAAUAGAGGAGAAAGCAAAGCAUCGCAAACUUCCCGAUAUUAAACAACUUCAUGGCGACCAGUCGAAGAAACAGAGGAACCAGUGUGAAGAACCCGGAGAGCAUUAUAUCCGGGGGGAUGAGAGUCCUUCUAGUAGAGUUAGUGAAAGUAGAGACCGAAGGCCCAAGGAGAAGCAACCUCGCAAGGGUAAGGAAAGAGAAGAAAACUUUUCAGAAGACAAGAAAGUGCGACACAAAGGCCGGGACUUCCAUGGUUCAUCGUCAGAAAGUGAAGAUGAAGGCCUGGCUAAAUACCAUGAGGCCAAAAGCCGUUUACAUGGCUCCCGACCCGCCUCAGACAAGCAACAGAACUACAUGUGGGAAACCAGGCAGAAGUACAGCCCACUGUCUGCUGAGUACGAUGGGUACAGCAGCGAGGUCUCUGCAGAUGAAGCUAACAGCAUCCAAAGAAUGAGGAGGACGCCACCGUUGGACGAGCUACAGCCCCCGCCGUACCAAGACGACUCUGGAUCUCCUCACCUAUCCUGUACUCCCUCGGAAAUUGGGGACAGUAAAUGUGAACUGUCUCAUUGUAGCAAUAGUCCCAGAUACUCCUAUAAUAAGUGCCCCAGUGAGGGGAGUAUGGGGCACGAAGUAGAGAGCUUUCAGAACAAAGGUUAUGAAGAAGAUGUUCCCAGCGACAGCACUGCCGUUCUAAGCCCAGAGGAUUUGUCAGCAAGAGGAUCAUCUUCACAGCUUCCUAAGUCUUUUGAUCCGGAGCCAGUAGCUAAAUACGGCACAUUGGAUGUAACUUUUGACUAUGAUUCACAAGAGCAGAAACUUCUUGUCACAGUGACAGCUGUCACCGACCUGCCCACACACAACAGGACUGGGAAUAGCAAUUCCUGGCAGGUCCAUCUUGUUUUGUUACCUAUGAAGAAGCAGAGAACCAAAACCGCCAUUCAGAAGGGACCUUGCCCGAUGUUCACAGAGUCCUUCAAGUUUAAUCAUAUAGAAUCAGAAAUGAUUGCAAAUUACGCUGUGCGCUUCAGACUUUACCUCGUUCGCCGGAUGAAAAAAGAAAGGAUUGUUGGAGAAAAGGUAUUUUACCUGACAAAGUUGAAUCUCCAAGGAAAGCUAUCAGUCCCGGUAGUGUUAGAGCCUGCGUACAGUCUGUCGGGCUGUGAUUCCCAGAUGAGUAUGUCAGAAGUGUCAUGCACAGAGAGCACAUCCUCCUGUCAAUCUCUGGUCCACGGAGCGGCUCCUGAAAUCCUCAUCGGCCUGCUUUAUAAUGCCACCACUGGCAGACUCUCCGCAGAAGUGAUAAAAGGAAGCCACUUCAAAAACCUGUCAGCCAACAGACCUCCCAAUGGACUGUUCUGUUGUCUAAAACACUUGAUAGGUGGACAGGUUUAUAUAAUUCGAGAUACCUAUGUAAAGUUAACUCUGCUGAACUCCAUGGGUCAGGAAAUGUCGAAAUGUAAGACGUCCAUCCGACGAGGUCAGCCGAACCCCUUGUACAAGGAAACCUUCAUUUUCCAAGUGGCUCUCUUUCAGCUCUCGGAUGUGACUCUCAUAUUGUCCGUUUAUAACAAGCGCAGCAUGAAGCGCAAGGAGAUGAUAGGUUGGAUAUCCUUAGGUCUGAACAGCUCGGGCGAUGAAGAGCUUAAUCAUUGGACUGAAAUGAAAGAGUCAAAAGGACAGCAAGUAUGUAGAUGGCAUACGCUGCUGGAAUCGUAAUUGCCAUUGGUAGGUCUCUCGUGACUCGAGAGAGCUCAUCUGCUCUUUGAAAGGACAGGAUGUAAUUUAGCCACCUGCAUAAGAUUGCUCCUUGCAGGUAAUGGCUUUGACAUGCUGUGGAAAGCUCAGUACACACCAGAGAUGAGGCUUCAUGCCGCAGUGUGUAUCCCUGUGCAUCUGAGCGGAGAUGGGCAAAAGGACGUGAACAACAUGAAGCUGGAUUUAUAGAUAAUAUUCCGAUCACUUCUUAGGUGCUUUUUUUUAUUUUUUCUUGAUUAAACACUUUUGUACAAUGUUCUCACAAAAUAACCUGGAAUUUUUUGGCACCAUAAUAGAGGAGAGUAGGGUAAGACCCUUUUUUCAGUCAAUUUAGGUCUUAUUUCUGCAAUCAAAACCGGCCCACCAGUUGUUAUCGAACUAUAUCUUUCAUGGUGCCCAGGUUCUUCUUGGCUAUAUACAGUACCAUGAGAAAUGUAGUCUAGUAGGAACUAACCCUGGUGGUUCAACUUUUGCUGUCCAGCAGGUUUGGGCAGCCAUGAUGACAAGUUCUCCUUUGAGUUUACAUAAGACUGCUCCUGUCCCUCUAGAUGGUUGAUUGGACUCCAUCUAUGUUAGCCAUGGGUUAUGUAAAGUUGUCAUUGAUAGGGUAUUUUAGUUCCACCAACUCAAAAAAUUGUCUCCUAUGUAAAGUUUAGUGGUUGGGCAGAAUCCAUUGGGAGACAUACAUAAAGUCAACUGCUGGGACCAAAGGUCUUUUGAUUUCAAAAUAGGAAAUUGGCCUUAGGAGUACUCCGGGAUGUUAAAAUUGUGUCCCAUACUGCCGCCAGUAAAAAAAAUAAAUAAAGGGAUACAUACCUGCCACCGCUCCCCCGGUGCCUUCGGUAACCCGUUUCAGCCCUGCUGCGAUCCUCUUCCUGGUUGCCUGUUGGGACACAUUUUUAACAUCCAGGAGUACUCCUUUAAGUUACCACCAAAUUGAACGGUAUAAUUUGAAUAAAAGGUCAUUGAUGCCUUUGGUGGGACAGCUUACAUGUGGAGUAUGUCAAUAAGUCUGUUGUUGUUCUGCAUAAAGCUCACUGCGGUUUGGACUUCUCAGUAGAUCUCUAAAGAUCUAUUUUACUAUCUAUAUUGGCAUUGGUGCCAUCUUAAGCAGAUAGUUAAGGAUUUUAACACAUAUGUCCAGCCAUCAUGAACCAUUACAGAUAGGAACACUAGAUUAAACUAUCUGGAUCUGUUGCAUCCAGUGUUCCAUUUGGUACCUAAUAGGCUGAAAUGGGGCACAGUAAUAGACCUUUGGUCCAUCCAGCAUAGAGAGUCCCUUUGGCAUGAUUGGAUCAGACCAAAAAACUCUGCCUGCAGAAUUUUUUGAUUCUGCCAAACCAUGCUGGAUGGCAUCUAUGCUAGAUCACAUAAAAUUGUCCUAAAGGCUUAUUGAUAUCCUACAUAUUGAAUGUCUACGAUAGAUCCCUUAAUGGUGGCAAGUUGAGUGAACAAAACAGAAUAAAUUAUGUCUAGAAAUACAGUACCAAGUUUUGCCCUUAUUCUCAUCAGAUAUGAAAUCUUAUAUUGAAUUUUAAAGCACAAAUGUUAAUAUAUAUAUAUAUAUAUAUAUAUAUAUAUAUAUAUAUAUAUAGAUCCAUAGAACCAUUUUAUGACAUUUAUUGAAAAUACAACUAAAAACCUGAAAGAUAUUCUUGAGGCAGCUAAUGUAUAUAUAAUGGGCUUGUCUUGUUUGGACAACCCGUUCUGUUAUUGGGCAGGUCAAGGAAAUAUUCAUGGGUGGUUCUUUCUUUUGGGAACUCCCCUGCCCAUCUGUUGUCAGCUGAAGGAACUGUACGGAAAAUAACCAUGACAUGAUAACUGUAGAUAAAAUCCAUGGAUAUCUAUAUAAGGUGGUUUACAAUAGAGUAUCCAUUGCUGAGGGUGGCACCAGAUGUGGCUCUUCAUUCUAGUAAGCAAAGGAGGAUUCUGAGCAGGAGACCACCUGACCAUGCCAUAGUAUGGUUUUGAAAAAGGGUGGUCCGAAGACAACAAAGACAGGUCACCCCACUAAAGGAAUAUUACAGGCUUUAAAAAAAAACAAAAAAAAAAACAUUAUACUGCUGGGGUUUAUUUUUUAUUGAAUAGAAAAAAUAACAUACUUACCUAGCCAUGGUCCAACACAGCUCCCGUUUCUCUUCGUCUGGUCUCCUGAUCUUAUCUCUUCCUGCUUCCAAGACAAGCCCUCGGUGCAGGACCUGUCAGCUCAGCCAAUUACUGGCAGCAGUGUUGUCCCUUCACGGCCAGAGAUUGGCUAACCAGGCAGGUCCUGCAUCGAACACAGUAAAAAGAAAUAUGACCUGGGGACCAGACAGAGGUUUUUUUUUUUUUCUAUUGCCCACCCCACCCCAGAAGCAUUUAAUGUAAUGUCCCAUAUAUAACACUCAGAUGGUACAUCCAAGUUAAAAUGGAUACUCUCACUAGGUACAUGGAACAAUAACUAAAUGCCACUGAGAAAUUUACCAGCACUGAUGGGUUUAAUGUGUUCAUGUUCAAGAUGGAACUUGGAAUACAACUCCCCUUGCAUGUUUUGUGACUCAGUCUACUAUAUGUUGUCUAUAAUGAUUUAAAGAUUGUAAGUUUGAUAAAACAGGUAAAAAAAUUUAAGUUAAGGCUUGGUUGGAUUUUACUGCAAAUUGUUUCGAGCUGGCAGCCAUUUUGUAUUCCAUCACUCUCAAAAUGGUAGCCUCCAUGAUUGAAAUGUGUUUGUUACAGUUUUAUUGUCAUUUUCUUACCAUACCCAGAUGUAAAGACUUGCACAUGAUUUUUGUUAUUUAAAUGUCCGGUGUAUUCUAGUGUGGAGAUCUAGGAAAGUUCUGUCAAGUUGUUGUUAUGUAAAAAAAAAAAAAAGAAUGUUUUAAGAAUGUGACGAAGCGAAAGUGAAUAAAAUAGAAACAAGGAAGUUAUAUAUAAAGAUGACAGCAAAUAUAUGUUAUCGAUUUUAGAUCCUUGUGUGUUCUGAAACGCGAAGAUACAUUAAAUGGUUAAAUGUUUUAUCUGGGUAAGAUGGUCUCCAGGUACAACAACAUAUUUUCCCUAAACUUAGGGAUAGUUCUAAAGAUAAUUUGUGUCACCAGAAAAUAACCUAUUGUUUAACUCUAGUUUUUAUGUUAACUAAAUUUUUAAAACGAUUCAUGGUUGAUUUUUUUUUUUAAUAGUAUUUACCUUGUUAAAUAAUCCUGAAAUCUUGCAGUUUCCAUUCUGUCCACUAGGAAUAAAACUAAGCUGAGACUUCCUGUUCUGUACACAUCAUUUCCCAGCAGUCUCCUCCUUGUCAUCACAGACAGGAUUACAGUGAAAGGUGACACCAGUGUAUAGAUAAGAGAGGUACACACAAUAGCUGUUUUUUACAGACCAGCCUUCUCCUCCCUGUAGAAAGACAUCUGCAAAGGUCACAAAGCAUGCCGAAACACCUUUCCCAUUCAUGUUAACAGGACAGCUUCAGUCUGUUGUUUCCUAUGACCAUGGGGCUUGCGGUAAAGCAUUUAUCUUAAAGGGGUACUCCGCCCCUAGACAUCUUAUCCUGGAGAUAAGACCCCCGCGAUCUUUCUUCUGCACCUGGCGUUCAUUUAGAACGUCGGAGGCUCGUGACAUCAUGGCCACGCCCCACUCGUAGCGUCACAGUCACGCCCCCUCAAUGCAAGUCUAUGGAAGGGAGCUUGACAGCCAUCAUGCCCCUCCCAUAGAAUUGCAUAGAGGGGGCAUGGCCAUGAGGUCGUGAGCGGGGAGUGACUGUGACGUCACGAGCCUCCGCCCCCACAUCGCCACCGAAGUUCGCUCCGUGCACCAAAUGUCUGGGGUGCCACAGCGGAGAUCGCGGGGGUCCCCAGCAGCAGGACCCCUGCGAUCAGACAUCUUAUCCCCUAUGCUUUGGAUAGGGGAUAAGAUGUCUAGGUACAGAGUAUCCCUUUAAAGCUGUUAAGACAGCCCAAGCAAGAUGUACAAAAUUUUUUAAGAAUAUUGCUGUAUUCAUGUAAAUUGAAGGCCUUUCCAGCAGUUGUGAUUGAUCACUACAUACUGUAUGAUUUUUUGCAAAUCGAAUGUAUCCAUUUUCACCCUGUGGUUCCCAGCAAUGUUAAACCAAACAGCACAAUUGCCUUGUUUCUCUUUGGAUGUAAGUUGUUCUUGUUCCAAAUUUGGAACAUUUGUGUCAGGGUUCACAUACUUCAUGCUUUACAAAUUUUUUAUUUUGCAGCUUUAGUUUUAAUUAAGAACGAUGUGUAAAAAAAAAGUAAAUUUUUUUCUUGUUUUGGAAUUUUUUUGUACACUAGGUUGCACGUGUUUCCCAACCUUUUCUGGAUUUGCUGCCUAAUUGUUGGAUGGACUGAAUUUUCUCUUUUAAUAAGUUUAGCCAAUAAGAUGUGUCAUGUAAAAAAAACAUAUUGAACUAAUGAAAUCUUAAUGAGUAUAACCAUUAAGAAAAUGUACCUGCCCUUAGAUUCAUGAUAGAGAUAAUGAUAGCUACAAAACGAGAACAUCUACUCAUCUAGUUAAAGGGGUAC